UCACAGCAACCUGUGACACACGCUAGAACGUCUGUGAGAUACGGACAUUGAAGAACGGGUAUUGUUUGCUGCUGUUUGCUUUAUUUUUGGCUGCCGACAGGCCAAAACGAAAUUAGGAUGUGUUCUCUCGUUCCUCGAGGACGCAAUAAGUUAUUAAGAGGAGUUAAUAAAAUUACUCGUUUACUGGCCGAUUUUGGGGUAGGACACUUGAAUGUGGCCUACAUGAACAAUUUUGCGAGAUCAAGUAAUGUCACUUUCAAAUGACGCAGCCAGUGGAACAAAAUUGAAACGAUUUCAAAGAUCCUGAAGAUGGUUUUGGAGGAGGAAAACAAUUCAGAAGGUUUAAAACAGCAUCCUGAGCGCUGAAGUCCCAUUCACCCUGGUGAUUUGAAAGAAAGCAGAUCGAGAACAAGUACUGUGUUAGUUUAAAAUCUUACUUGCGUCUACCAUCAUGAGUGUGAUUAAACCAGAAAUGAAGAUCAAGCUGCGUAUGGAUGGAGCUGUGAACGGGCACAAAUUCGUGAUUACAGGGGAAGGAAGAGGCCAGCCUUUCGAGGGAAAACAGACUAUGGACCUGACAGUCAUAGACGGCGGACCUCUGCCUUUCGCUUUCGAUAUCUUGACAACAGUAUUCGAUUACGGCAACAGGGUAUUCGUCAAAUACCCAAAAGACAUACCAGACUAUUUCAAGCAGUCGUUUCCUGAAGGGUAUUCCUGGGAACGAAGCAUGACUUACGAAGACGGGGGCAUUUGCCUCGCCACAAAUGACAUAAAAAUGAAGAAAGACGACGACAACCGUGACUGUUUCUUCUAUGAAAUUCGAUUUGAUGGAGUGAACUUUCCUGCCAAUAGUCCAGUUAUGCAGAAGAAGACCGUGAAAUGGGAGCCAUCCACGGAGAAAAUGUAUGUGCGUGAUGGAGUGGUGAAGGGUGAUGUUAACAUGGCUCUGUUGCUUGAAGGAGGUGGCCAUUACCGAUGUGACUUCAAAACUACUUACAAAGCUAAGAAGGUUGUCCAGUUGCCAGAUUAUCAUUUUGUGAAUCACCGAAUUGAGAUAACAUGGCAUGACAAGGAUUACGACAAUGUUAAGCUGUAUGAGCAUGCGGAAGCUCAUUCUGGACUGCCAAGGCAGGCCAAGUAAAGGCUUCACGAAAAGCCAAGACGACAACAAGCAGAAGAAAAGUUUUUUUCUUUUUUCUUUUUUUUUAAUUGAAAGCCGUUUAAUCGGAAUUAGUGUUUGAUACCAUCAAUUCGAGGAUUUCUUUUGGGAUUUGAUAAACAUUAGCUUUAAAGUCAAAUUAAGUUAAAGAUAAUUUCCAUUUUUUUGCGGGAUUACAAUUGUAGUCAAAUACAAGGAAGAAAACAAUAGUGAGAAUAAGCUUGUUGUCGAAACCAGGUUUGUAGAGUGUUCUUAUCAUAGACUACUAGCUUAACUGAAUACGUAUAAUCAGCAAUUGUGAGAAGAGCAUUUUGAAAAGAAGGCAUAUGGACAAUGAAUAACAGAGGAGAACUUUCUGAGAAGUGUAAUCCAGAGAAGAAAGAAAAGGUCUGGAAUCGAAAUAUUAAACAUAUCUUGCAAUUCAACUUGUGUUGGCUGUUUUACGACAAAGAGUACCUCACUGGGCUAGUUCCCCCAAAAGGCGCUGUACAAGCUCGGCAUCCUUUAACAUGAGAAUAGAACUGGCGUCGUCCAAGCCGAGUUUUGUGUACUUUUCUAGAUCAUAGAGUACUGGCUUGUGAGGAUUGCGGUAAAUAUAAUUAGUAAUUCAACUGUUUUCGUUCCCAUACUUUUCAGUUUCGUUUUUGUCUAAGUUUUAAAACGGAAAUAAGUCACUCGGUUAGUCAAGCAGUCACUCACCCCAGCCUUCUUUUCUUUAAAGUACACUCAUUUGGGUCUAAUUGAAUCAAUUGUUUUAUUCGAAGCAUUUCGAAAAAAAUUAGACUUGCUGGAGUUUUCUGUUCAAAAUCUCACUCAGGUUGUUGAAAGACCGAGUAGUAUAAAAGUCUGCGUCAAGCCAUCAGAAAAACCAUUGACCUGUACCGUCGCAAUUAUUUCCGUCUCUUUUUUCUUUUUGUCGGGAUCAUCGGAGCAUGAUAAGCGUUGUGACGCCGUGUUCGUCCCCGUUAACCACAAUAUUAGAAGUGUUCCUAAAUAAAUAUCAUUUUCGCGAUUACAGCGUCACAAAAAAAUGGCCAAAUUGAGAGCAGAAAAAAGCAACUUGUUACAUGAUGCGGUAAAAUUUAAAAAAGCCAAAUGAAAGAGCAAUGCUUCUUGUAAUGCGUCCAGUUAAAUUUUUCAAGCUACAGUUAAAUCAAUAAAUU